GAAUCGUAAAUGCGAUUUUCCCCAAUUUUCCAGUGGACAGCUGUUUUAACAGUUACAUAUAAACUUGUCGCUUAUCACUCGUUUUGCUGCUACUUCUACUGAGUCGCUAUCGGCUUGGUCGGCGAUCAUUCAGCUAUUCAAGCGGUGUGCUCGGCAUGUUCCGCUGCACGGUAGAAAUUCUCGCCACUUAUACAUACAUACAUACAUACGUGAUUGUUCUGCUUGCCUGGGGUGAUUGUGAUGAGAUGAUCGUGCUUUCAUUUAAUGUUACGUUUGAAACGGUACUUACCGGGUUGAUUAGACCGCGUUCUAUGCGCGUUGAUGAAUGCACCGUCGCGAAAGUGAAAUAAAAGCGAAAUCUGUGGAUGUGUUUUUGUGAUAAGAAUUUCCGAGGAAGAAAAAAGAGAAAUACUACAUGCAAAAGUAGAAAAUUUUAAAAGAUUUAUUAUAGUUGCUCGAGUUUUUGUUUGUGAAAAAAGCAAAAAUUUGUAAAAAAAUACAUGGUGGUUUGAAACUUCUACCUGCAUACACAUACAUACAUAUGCACUUAUAAUAACGUGUUUAAAAGUAUAUAUUUUUAUGCAUAUUUCAUGGACGCACCAAAUUUUAUAAUAAUUUAAUGCUGGAUUUCGUGAUAAUGAUGCUACUUUUUGGAACUAAAAAACUAACAAAAAUCUCAAGAGCUACGGAAAAUAUUGUUUAAGAAAUAGUAUGGACUGUCGUGCGGUUGCAGUAGUGUUCUUGGCUCUUAUCACAAUUAACGGAAAAAUGAUGAUGCCAUUCGGUUAUGUUGGUGUUGUGCAGGACGAACGCAAAUGUCAGUAUUUAAGACCAUCGCGCAUGCUCAAAAUCCGUUGUUUCGAUAUGAAUCUGAAGGAAGUGCCGCAGUACCUGAAGUCAUCCGUUGAGAUUCUGGACCUCGCAUUCAAUCGCAUCAAAAAACUCAGACGAAACUCAUUCGAACGUUAUACAAGCAUUAAAAUACUGGUGCUCUAUGAGAAUAAGAUACAAUCGGUGGAGCCGGGCACAUUUGCACCACUAACAUCAUUGGAGGAGAUCGAUCUAUCUAAUAAUGCGCUCGUCACGAUACCAUUGGAAAUUUUUCAACUUCCGUCGCUGCGAAAUCUUUAUGUUGAUAGCAAUGAGCUUUUCAAUCUCGAACGCGACCUGCAGGGUCUUGAGACACCAAUAGGUGCACCAUUAGAAUAUUUAAAUGUAGCCGAUUGCGGUUUAGAGAACUUACCCAAUUUGGGUGUAUUGCCAAAACUUUGGCAAAUAAAUGCCUCUUCAAAUCCCUUGACUGAUCUCACCGUGAACACACUAGCCAAUAUGUGCAAUUUACGUACAAUGGAUCUGACGAAAACGGACAUAAAUGAAUGUGCCUGCCAACAAGUAAAUCGAUACUUGCGGUAUAUUGGAGCUGAUGUAAAAUAUGUGCCAAUCUGCAUGGAAAACCUCGACAACAGCAUAUGUCCGGAUCCAUAUAAUUUAACUCUCGAAUCGGCAUCAUUUCACAGCUGCAAAUCAGAAGCUGAACUGGCCAAAGUGCUUAGUUGGCGUUGGUUAAUAAUUGCGGGGGCAGCGGCAUUGGCUUUGCUCGUGUUUACAUGGUUUUGUUGUCGACGACGUUCGAAAAAUAAAAAAAAGAAGAAAAGUUUACAAAUGAAGUCCAAAGCUAAAGCUAUGCCACCCAAACAUCAGCCACUUGUGUCGCCCACGCCCACGCAUGCGCUGAAAAGUCACAACGAUCGGACGAUGCUGCAGGACUGUGAUUGUGCGUAA